CGUGUAAUCGUGUUACUUGCCUUUACGUUUGAUAUGCAUUGUUUACAAAUAAAUUAAUUAUCUUGUAACUUUAAGAAAGACCUGAUGUUACUGACUUAAUGGCAUCAAUCAAGUAUAAAGUUGAAUCAGGAGUUCAACUGUUAGCCAGAUUAACGAAGAAGCCAGUUAUUGAAAACUUUUAUUCAAAUUUAUUCCAACCCGGAUUGAAACAAGAUGACGUUGUCGAAAUAAUUGGUGAAGAAAUCCCUUCAAAUUUAUUGAUUGAUUUGAUUACAGAAGCUUUACUACCCAUCAAAAAGAAUGUUGAGCCAAUUGGUGUACUACUUUUCAACACUAUUGGAAAAUUAAACUACGAAGACCUCAUUAUAACUUUGAAAAAACGAAUUGGAGCAUCUGAAAUGGAAGAUCAUCUUCAGAAAGCUCUGAAUAACUUUUUUAUACUAGACAUAUAUGACACAACACAGAUGUAUACAACUAUUCAUAACUUAGACAACUUACUAUCAAAACAUCAUGAAAUUUCUUUACUAAUAUUUGAUAAUUUGACAGCAUUUUACUGGUCAGAGCAAGGAUUUAAAAUAACAAAAAUGGAUUCGUACAUCAGAAAUUUAAUUAAAAUAAUACAAAAAGUUAUUAAAGAACAUAAAGUAAUAAUAAUUUAUACUAGACCUAGACAUUUCAGUUCAAACAAAGAUUCAGGCAAUCCAAACAUUCAAUUCAUUGAUGGAGUAAAUUAUAGAGUAUUAGUAGAGAGUAACAACUCCAAGUCAUAUAACUUGAUUGUGAGAACAAAUAACUUAUGUUACCCCAAAUACAUGAGUUUAGAAGACAAUCAAAUAAAUUGGAUAUAAAUCAUCAAACAGUGUUUUCUUUUAAUUUAUAAAAUAUUUAAUAUAAAAAAAUAUAUUUGAUCAGAAACCUAGAACUUCUAUACUCGAUUACACAUAACGUAAAAAAAUAUUAUAUCUGUUUAUUGAAUCAGAUACUUAGUGACCCUACUUAUAAAAAAUGAAGUAAAAAGUUAAUAAUAAUUGCAUCUAGUAUUUUAUGCUAAUAUUUAGUGCAUUUAUGUGCCAGAAGAAACAAGCAUUGAAAUCUUAAAUACUAAUAUGUUGUGUUUCUAAUAAACACAAAUUGAAAGGUUAAAAUAAAGUCCCACAAUCCCUGAUAGUACUCAUGGUUUUGUUUAUUAAAUGAAAACAUACAAGUCAAAACAGGGGGAAAGGAUUUGUGAAAGGGGUGAAUAGAUGUUGGUGAAUUUUCCUAGUAUCUAUUCACCCCUCUUCUGUGUCUAUUCGCCCCUCGAAUUCUAUUCACCCCGUUUUACCAUAUAAACUUUUUAAUGAUAUGAUUGAUGAUUUUGCCAUUUCCAUUAUUUACUUUUAGAAGUACAUCUAACAUUCAAUAAUAUUAAAGACAGAAAAAAGGUUUUAAAAAUGAUAGAUCUAAUUUAUAGAUAGUAAUAUUUUUUUGUAUAGUAGUAAUUUAAUUUCUAUAUAAAAAAAAUUAAAAUACUAUAAGAGAUCAAGUCGAGAUUCAGAAGCUACUUAUUUUCUAUGCUUUAUUUCAGUAUUUAAUUACUUUACUUAAAUAAGUACAUAAAUGACAUACAAAAACCCUGCAAGAAUAUGACUGAAAUAAUCCAGAUUUUCCCAUUUACUUAUUGUGUGAAAGUAUGAAUAACCUGAUUCUUGUACAGAAAAUGAUGCUUCAAACAUUACACCUAAAUAAGCCAGGUGUAUGAUAGUUAUUAUAGAAAAUAUUGUGUUAGUAAUUAAGGCCAGUAUACUGUUCUUCUUAUGUUUGUGAUCACAUUGUUUAACACAAGGGUUUGCUAAGCAACACACCUCAAAUGUUUGUGCUACUUUCAGCCGUAUAUUAUACUCAAUAUAUGAGAAUGUGCCUAUACUAAGAAGCACAGCUGAAAACUGGAAGUUCCAUCCAUGAAGCAAUGAUGACACAGCAUAUGUGAUAAAUAUAGCAAAAAAUUUACCAUAUGGUUGGCAAGUUUUAAAUACAUAAUGUUUCAACCAUUGAUGCAUAGGAAUGUUCCAAUAAAUUACUACUUGGACCAGAGACCUUGGCAAUUCAAUAAAAAAUGGUUUGGUGACCUGGACUUCAGAUCGACAAUCAUUUGUUAGUCCAAAUCCUGCACUUGUCAUUGAAAGCAUAGACAUCCUGGAUAUAAAAUAGUGAGACAUUCUAAAAGCUUGUGCAUCUCUAUAAGCUAUUAACCACUUUGGCAGUGAAUCAUCAAUAUACCAUGGUACUACACAAUUAGACAAAGUCAAGAAAAAUAUUGAUACAAGAAGGUCAACAACAAUUAAUUUAACCCAUGUUUUGUUAAGGAAUUUAACUUCAAGAUAGUUAUUAUAAUGGUGAUAUGAUAUCCAUGGACCAAUAACAGAAUUUGCUGGGCAAAGUAAAUAUCCUCCAAAUUCCACAGGGUUAAGCAUUUUUUUAAAUAAAUCUCUGUCUAAUUCUAUAGCCACAGAAAUAAUCUUCAUAGCUGCUAUCAUCUGGAUACCUCUUAUUUGUUGCCAUAGUUUUGGGUGGAGUAUAUGAACUUCACAAAGUAACAGGAAUGAAAUAACAAAUACAGAUACCAAUAGUCCUCUCCAUUUUUUAGUAACAAAUGAUAAUAAAAUAAUAAGAAUAUAGGCACUAGCUGUAAGUCCGACAGUCCAGAUAAAUGGAGGACCUAUACAAUGAUAUAAAAGAAAACUACCAAUAACUAAACUUAAACUAUGGCGAAUGUUGUGAGGUAGCGGUAUAUACUGGAUCAUGAGACGAAGAGCAACAUUAGCGAAAAGUAAAUCCCUGACAAAUCGGAAACCUUCAUAUACAGUUGGUUCCACACACAGUAGCAUGUAGGUCCAAGCACUUUCAUUAUACUCUUCUUCUUCAUUCAUGUUUUACCAAUGCCACCACGCCGGCUUCUUUGUUUUGUCAAAAUAAUUCCAUUAGAGCACUAUUCACAUUAAAUAGUUGAUAAAUUUUGUGCUUGACUCGUUCUUGUUCUUUAGCACGAUACAAACAGUAUUUGAUUUGAUAUCUUAUACACGAUUCCUUCGCAUUUCAAUCACGCAAAACAUGUAGUUAGCCAGUACCAGGUACCCACAUAUUUACCAUAUUCAGGUAAUUAGGUAGGUACCUAUCUACACUACUAAGC